AUGGCCACGUUGAAGCAGGCAAGACCUCGUCGAGACCUGCUCCAACCCCGACUAUCCAAGGGCGCCAUUGACAAUGCUCAGCACGUCAUGGAAAAGUCGGUGUGGAGGUUCAUUGACCUCCUCGACCGGCACAGAAGUCACAGCGAGAUUAUAGACUUGUCUCUGGCCUAUCGCUGCGUCACGUCCGACGUGUUGCUUGGAUACGCAUUCCACAGCCCCUUGGAGGCUCUCGACUAUCCACGUUUCAACUAUCCUCCAGCCGUGCACAUGGAUGCAGCAAUCAUGACAUCGUUCCUCGCCAAAAACUUUCAUCUCCUCUUCACACUCGUAUGGAACCUCGCCUCUUGCCUGCCGCGCCCCUGGUUGAAGUAUUUAGGAAUCAGCUUUAUUUUUGAUAUUCAAGACGUGAGACAUUUUUGCUUUGCCUUUGCGCUUAGGAAGCAAGACGACCAACUGCUCUAUCCAACAAUGCUCGACAUGUUGAUGGAUCCCGACCAAGAGAAAUUCGGACCUCCCCUUCCGAUGCGCGAUCUAGUAUCGGAAGCCACUGUGCUGUUGUCCGCCGGGAAUACAGCCCCUUCGCUGACCCUGACACUCGGAACAUUUUAUGCUUUGAAUAACCGCCACGUACUGGAGACGCUGCAGGACGAACUUUCCCAUGCCAUUCCUGACAAGCGCAAACUUCCUCCCCUGGAUACGCUGCGACAAUUGCCAUACCUUACCGGCAUCAUCAAAGAAUCCUUGCGGUUUUCUCUCGGUGCACCAGGCAAAUUACCGCGCAUCACACCCGACGAAGGGGCGUUUCUCUGCGGACGCCGGAUCCCACCAAAGGUCAGACUCGGGCGAGUUCUUCUUCCACGUUAG